AUGGAUGCGCAGAAUGCUGCCGGGUCCGACAAGCCGAAGCCCGUCGCUGCUGCGGAGAAGCGACCGGGCAAUCACCCGCCUGACGAGUCCAAGGAGUCCAAGGAGCCCAACAACAAGCCUGCGAAGGCUGCGGACGAGUCCAUCAAAUCCCCUCCUCAUCUGCCCAAGGACAUUAAGCCCAGCGUAACCGUAUCGCGCGCUCCUUCCGCCGCCGACGAUGCUCCUGCCGACCGAGACUCGGAUGCCGAAACCAUCGUGCUGCCCGGUAAGGAUGGCCACUCACCCUCCAAGGUGAGGAAGGUCAAGCACGAGGAUCGCAGCGAUGGAGAGCCCCCGGCCCCCCCGGCCCUCCGAAAAAUCCGUGAUGCCAGUGCCAGCAGAGACGGCGACAAGGAGAAGACGCCCAAUCCUCCCCGCUUGUCCGAAACGGCCUCCUCGCUCGGAUUGAAGAAGAAACGUCUCCACGAUCAAUCCGUCAGGAGCAAAGAUGGUUCUAGUGGCCUCAGCUCGGCUCCUACAUCGCCUCCCCACCACAGGCGUCGAUCUGGUGGGCACUCCGAUUCCGACACGGCGGGUGCUGACCGUAGGAAAUCCCCUAAGCUGCCCAUGAAAGACCGAGCCAAGUCCACCGACAGGACAAUACCCCACAAACGCAAAGCUCCCAGGGCAGACUCGGAUGACGAGGCGGAAAAUCGAAAGGCCCGACGGCAACGCAUCAUCUCGGAUCACAACAGUGGCAUCGAAUCUCGUGCGAACCGCCUAUCCAAAGAACCAAAAUCCUCGUCUUCAUCUAAGAGAGAACACGACGGCCACUCAGGUUCACGCACCAGAUCCGUAUCUCCCCACCAUCCACGUGCCCACCGGCGGAGUGUUUCGACGCAGCUCCCUGCAAACUCCUCUAAUGGCCUGAGCUACAAGAAGAAGCGCUUACCCCCCCCUCUGCAAUCGACUGAUUACCAUUCGGACGAGUCUUCUGCCAGCGGCAGUCCUCAUCCCCGGAGCUCCAAGCUUCGCAACCUCUCUACGCCCGCUACUGCCGAGUCAAACAUGUCGCCUGCGAAGAUUGCACCACACAAGAAACACCUUGACGCACACGGCCAAACCUUCCUCGCCAGGGCAUGUGCUAGAGGCGAAUACGACCUCGCUAAGCAGAGACUGGGCGAGCGACCCGAAGACCUCAACGUAGCCGACUACGCUGGCAAUACGCCACUCCAGAUUGCUGCAAUUAAUGGUUACGAGGAUAUCGUGAAGCUCCUCAUUGACGCCGGCUGCAACUUGGACUGUGUGAAUUAUGACAAGGACACACCAUUGUUGGACGCCGUCGAUAACGGACAUUUGGGGGUCGUGAAACUGCUGUUGAAUGCGGGAGUCAACCCACGGAAGGCCAACUUGAGCGGUGAAGAGCCUUUGGACCGAGUCAGCGACGACUUGGAGAAUGCCGAAGAGUUUCGCGCCGCGCUUGUCGAAGCAAAGUCUAGGCAGGGCGACAGGAGACGCACAUCCGAGGACCACCACCAGACCGACCACCUGGACAGCCGUUCUUCUCACGGACCAGACAGUCCUCGACGAUCGCCAGCGCCCUCGGGUUCUCACGCAAGUGGCCGCCGGGCUGGUACUGUGAGGGCAAACAAGACGAGCAACCACUUGCUGUACAUGUCAUUAGACGACAAGACACUUCGACAAGCUGCUGGAAAGGGAGACGAGGAGACUGUCACACGCAUUCUGCAGGUCAAGGACGGUUGCGACGAUUCAGAAGCCAUGGUUGCGGCCGCUCGAGGCGGCCACGAGGUGGUUAUUCAACUUUUGCUGGCGUUGGGCGGAGCAAAUCCCGAUCCUGCUCCAGUCUCGAGCAUGCCACCCGAGUUUGCAACACCCAUGCUGGCCGCCAUUGGCCAAGAAAAUAUCAAAGUUGUCAGGCUACUCCUGGAUCAGGGCAACUUUGACCCGACCCGGCGGUUCAAAGGCGAGACCUACUACGAGAUUGCGCGACGCCGACAAGGAACGAACUGGAAAGACGAGGAGCACAUGCUCAAGGAAGCUUACGAUGCGUACAGAAAGUCGCAUCGUGAUAUUGCCAAGACGAAAUCCCCGAGCAGGCGCGAACGUGAAAGAGACCGUGAAAGGGAUCGCGAUAGGGAGCAAGACCGCGAGACGAAGCGCCAAGGUCGUACUGAACUUAAAGACGAAGCUCGGGUACACAAGCGCAACCUUUCUAGCCCCCCUCGCGAUCCUGAGAAGAGGAAAAAGCUGUCCACUCGAAACGUUACCAGUCCCAAGGAAAAGCGGCGGGCUGACUCUUUCCAUGACGACCAAGCUUCACCAAAGCGUGGUCCUGGUAGACCUAGAAAAGAGGAUCGAUUGCCGACGAUCGCUGUAUCAGACCGAGAGGCGUCCCCUGCACUGUCGCAAAAACAAUCAGCGAAAUCGGUGAAGCGAGCAGAAUCCGAUGUUGCUGCCAUGUCGUCUGAAGGAGAGGCUGCCAAGCCUCGUCGGAAGUUAGUUUCCAAGGGGGAACUCCGCGGUGAGAGGGAAAAGAAUCGACGUGCUAGCAUGGUGUCUACCACUUCAUCUAUCAAGGAUCCGUCGAGCCCCCGCGACCCCAAGAACGACGAUCAUCCUGAAAAGCCAAAGGGUGAGCCCUUGUCAGAAAAGUAUCACGAUCGCACCAAGGCUCUCAAGAGAGACGAGUCUAGAGACCGGCUUUCCGUCUCAGGCGAUAAUUCUUCCAAGAGGCACCGGUCUAGCGUCACACCGCCCCAUUCGAGCACGGGCGAGAAAGACGAAGGCGAGGUUCCUGUGAAGCGAAGGCGACUCGAUGUCGACGGCAAAGAGCGACGGACAAAGUCAACAGCAUCCCCCGACGACCCUCACCGAGCUUCUCGUGAUGGCCUCCCGCGAUCCAAGUCGAGUUUGAGGGAUCAGGAUGACAGCGAUCGUAGACCGUCCAAAAUCAAGGUUGACUCUGAUGGCCACAGACGAGAGUCAGGCAAGUCUAGCAACAGCGACAAGUCGAGCAUCCAUGUCAAGUCUGAGGACGUUGACAUUGAGAUGCCCGAUGCGUCAGAAGUGAAAGACACUAUUGAAGCAGACACACGUCUGAAAAAGGACCGCGAUGAGGAGAAGAGGCGCCUGGAAGAGAAAGAAAGGCGUCGAGAAGAGAAACGUCAAGAGGAGAGGAAGCGUCGCGAAGCCGAAUCCGAGGAAACCCGCAAGAAAGAAGAGGAACGCCGACAGCGAGAGGCGGAAGAGAAGAAACGAGAAGCUGAACAGAAGAAACGCGAAGCCGAGCAAAAGCAACGCGAGGCUGAAGAGAAGCGACUGAAGGAGGAGGAGGAGGCCAAGCAACGCGAGGAGCAGGAACGCAAGCGCAAGAUUGAGCUGGAAAAGAAGCGCCAGGAAGAGGAACUUCGGCAGCGACGUGAGGCCGAAGAGAAGAAAAGACGCGAGGAGGAAGAAAAACGACUCCGUGAGGAAGAGGAAAAGAAGCGGCGCGAAGAGGAGUUGAAGAGGAAGGAAGAGGAAGCCCGGAAGCAGCGGGAGGAAGAGGAAAGGCUUCGCAAAGAACAGCUUGAACGCGAGGCUGCCGAAGAAGCGCGACGUCUCCGGGAGGAGGAGGAGCGCAAAGAGCGUGAACGCAAGGAACGUCUCCAUCGCGAGGAGAUGGAACGCAAGCGGGCCGCCAAAGAGGCCGAGCAGCGGCGAAUCCUUGAGGAGCAAGAGCGUCUACGCUUGGCAAAGCUACCUCCUCUGUUGCGCUGGCUGGACGGUUGCCCCAACCCCAAGACUCCCGAACUCGCGGCAAAGUUCAAGCACAUGCAGGGUGUGCGGUACGACACCAUCCAGCCGCAGGCCACCGGUACGGCCGACGGCAGAGAGCAGUGGGUGCUCAACACUCAUGCUGCACUGCUUCUUGGAGAGAAGGACCUCGCCUUGUCACGAUAUACGGCUUGGGAACAUGUCCCCGUCUCAGAUCUCGCCAAAAAGGUCAUUUGGAGACUCGAGUCGGAUCGGUAUGCCUUGAUCAAUGAGAGCCUCUACGAGCUCGGCACGGGCCUGUCGGGUUACUAUGGCGAAGGCCAGGACCCCUUCAAGAUGAGCUACCGCAUGAAGGAAAAGCUUCGUGGUGAAGCGCGGGAGAAGUUCCUGAAGCUGGACAUGUUCUUCGUCAAGGUAUCGGACUUGAUGUUCAUUGUUCCGAACAUCCCUCAUCUUCGGAGUCUCAAGAUGAGCGUCGAGUAUCGCGAGCUCCCUGACGAUGAAGGUCAACUCUACGGAUGGAAAGUCCCGCAAAAGUGGAAACAAGACCCGGACGCUGACCGAUUUUAUGGUUUCGCGCCGAGGAACAAAUAUUACAUUAACGGUGUCAUGGUUGAGGAGCAAAAGCCCGGAAUGUCUGCCACGAGCAGCUCCCCCUUUCCCGAGAAACGGGUCCCUCGGAAGGGACUGCAGCAGGUUUUCCCAUGCGACCCCGACUAUGCUCGCGUUUGCAAAGAACAGGGGCUGGAGCACCUCCUGAACGGCACAAAAACCCCGACGAUGCCCAACGGCGGGCACUUGUCGCCGAGAAGCCAGUCGAAUGCUACCGAGUCAUCGGCUGAGCCAUUGAAUGGCCCUCACGCUGUGGUCUCUGGGCCAGCGCCCGCGCCCGCGCCCGCGCCCACACCGGCAUCGACGGAACCGAGGCUUCUAUCGAACGGAGUUAACGGCGUCUCAGUUUUGGGUUCCAACUGA